CGGAGGAUCGACUCGCAGCCCUAGUGUAGAUGAACCGUGCUGGAGGAUCAGCAUCCUGAGCCUGCCAGCCUCUUCUCUUCCAAACAAACACAAUACGUGUGCAGUGAGCCCCAGCGAUGGCUCUGGCUGCCAGGAUGUCACACUCGGUCGCUCUGGGUCUCUUGGUCAGUUUGACCGCCAUCGUGUGCGGCCGCAGCCCCCGCACGGCCGAUCAGGUGUCCGAGGCCGACAUCCAGCGCCUGCUGCACGGCGUGAUGGAGGAGCUGGGCAUCGCUCGGCCCAGGGUGGAGUAUCCGGCGCAUCAGGCCACUAAUAUAGUGGGUCCUCUCAGCAUCCAGGGUGGUGCUCAUGAGGGGCUUCAGCAUCUUGGACCUUAUGGGAACAUCCCCAACAUAGUGGCAGAACUGACUGGAGACAAUGUUCCAAAAGACUUCAGUGAAGAUCAUGGCUAUCCUGACCCUCCAAACCCCUGCCCUCUGGGAAAAACUGCAGCUGAUGGCUGUUUGGAGAAUUCACCAGACACAGCCGAGUUCAGCCGCGAGUUUCAGAAACACCAGCACCUCUUCGAUCCAGAGCAUGAUUACCCCACGCUGGCCAAGUGGAAUAAGGAAAUGUUGUAUCAGAAACUGAAGGGAGGUCCAAAAAGAAGAAAAAGGAGCACCAACCCAUAUCUGAUGGGACAGAGACUGGACAAUGUAGUGGCCAAGAAGUCUGUGCCACAUUUCCCAGAGGAGGAAGAAAUGGAAACGGCAACAAGCAAUAUCAUGCCCUGAGCCUUGUAUUAUAUAGACAGCUGUAUAGUGGAAUUGUGGUACUUCAUCAUAAUUACAACCACUAAACCUAGACCAUCAGAUGUGAUGGAAAUGAUGACAGUGGUGAUUAUUUAAAUUGUUCCUUAUCAUAGUUUUUGCUUUGAAGAGUAAAAUAAAAAGUAUAUGUUCAUGUGCA